AUAAAAAUAAUGCCUUGUUUCUCAAAAUCCAGUGAAUGUGGAAAGAAUAAAACAGUUAUUCUACUCAAUCUUGUCGUACAUGGCUUAUAGGCAACUCGGUGAUACGCAGGCAAAGUCAGCUGGAAUACCUGGUGGACUGGGAGAACUACGGCCCAGAAGAACGUAGUUGGGUAAACCAUAAGGACAUACUAGACCCACUACUCACAGAGGAAUUCCACAGCCUACACCCAGACAAGCCAGCACCCAGAGUAAGAGAUCGACCCAGAAAAUCAAAAGUUCCCAGAGGGAGUGCCUUGGAGGGGUUCUGUCAGUAACGGCUCAGAGAACUCUGUUAGAACAGCAUUCAAACACGGCCACCCUGAACUACAACACCCAAGAACCACAACUGCCUCAAUCACCUGACUAUUGAUCACCCUACCUGCAGGUCAUCACAACAAUUACCACUCACCUAUUUAAGCCCCACUCUCCAACCAGCCCGGUGCGAAGUAUCAUUUGGUAUUCUCUCCCACUCAUAUUGAACCAUUUGUUUUUUGAUAGCCUUUCCAGUGUAUUGACCUUGUUUCUGUAUCUUCCUGACUUCACUUUAUCGCUUGCUCUGUUGUUCUGUUUAUUGAUCGCCCGACCCUCGCUAGUUUACUGACUUCACUUCCUGAAUGCCGAUUUGGACACUUCUGACAGUUUGCAUGACCCCAGUCUCCCCUGCGCCUGCAUCUGUAAGUGCCUGCAUGCUGACAGCAUCAGAUGUUCAUUUACUUGCCAACAACUCUGAAGGUCUGAAGCUGACGGAACACUGUUUGAAGGUCAUUGAGAGAGUGCUGGACAAAGUAAUACGUGAGAUCGUAGACAUUGCCAAAUUUCAAUUCGGCUUUGUGCCAGGAAGAGGAACGAGUGAUGCUAUCUUCAUUGUGAGACAGCUACAGGAGAAGUAUCUGGCUAAGGAAAGAAAUCUGUACUUUGCCUUUGUGGACUUGGAAAAGGCGUUCGACCGGGUGCCCUGUGAAGUGCUGUGGUGGGCAAUAAGACGUGUGAGUAUUCCAGAAUGGAUCAUUAGAACAGUACAGGCUAUGUACAUGAAUGCAAAAAGCAUGGUACGGAUUAACAACUCUUACAGCAAGGAGUUCAAGGUAAAAGUUGGUGUACACCAAGGUUCUGUUAUUAGUCCACUCCUUUUUGUCAUCGUGCUGGAAGUCCUGUCUCAUGAUUUCUCUACUGGCGCCUCCUGGGAACGUUUGUAUGCUGACGAUUUGGUGAUUGUUGCUGAGACGCUUGAGGAGCUUUCAGGUAAGUUUCUGUUGUGGAAAAAUGGCCUGGAGUUAAGAGGGUUGAGGGUUAAUAUGGCAAAAAUGAAGGUCAUAAUAUCUAGCCCAAACCUUAAUUCUCUAAGGGACUCUGGUAAACAUCCUUGUGGUGUUUGCAGAAAAGGUGUUGGUUGCAAUUCCACCUUCUGCAAUGGAUGCCAACAUUGGGUACAUAAGAAGUGUACAAGAACCCGUGGCAGGCUCUCUGCAGAUCCCUCCUUCAGAUGUGACCAUUGUCUUGGCCUGGCUCGCCCUAUUGUCGGCAAGCAAUUUGACCAGGUGUCUCCAGCUCAUAGUCCACAUGAGCUGGAGACAGUUGACUCGUUUUACCACCUGGGAUAUCAUCUUUGUGCUGGUGGUGGAUACGAGCUUGCAUCAAUAACUAGAACAAGAUCGGCAUGGAAGAAAUUUAAAGAAUUGCUACCCCUCCUUUCAUCCAUGGCACUUUCGUGUGGCACCCGUGGUCAGGUGUACAGUAUGUACGUGAGAAGUGUUAUGCUGUAUGCAAGUGAAUGCUGGCCAAUUAAGAAAGAAGACAUGAAACACCUUGAGCAUAACGAAAGAUCAAUGCUCAGAUGGAUGUACCACGUUAACCCGUCGGCCAACAUCAGCACAGAAGCCCUUCGCCGGAGUCUAGGUCUUACUGGCCUUGAUACUGUACUCAGGUUAAGGCGUUUGAGAUGGUUUGGCCAUGUCAAACACAGUCCACAUGCCAUCAACACCAUCCGGUGCCAUCAGGUUGUAGGCAUGAGAAAGAGGGGUCAGCCCAGGAAGACAUGGGAGGAGUUAGUGGCUAGCAAUUUGCAAGCCUGGGGUUUGCAGGUGGAAGACGCACUUGAUAGAAAAUGCUGGAAGUGUGCGCUUCAUAAUUUCCAUGCACCGUCUGACACACCACAGGUGUCUCACAGACGUUAACGGGAAAAAUAAAACCUCAACUGAAAUUUGACUUUUCAGUUUGGUAAAUCUGUGUUUUUCUAUAUUCCUGAUUAUUUUAUUAUCAGCUAAGCUUCAUCCGUAUGCUAUAUUCCCCAAACUUUCAUGCUAUUAAUCACCUACAGUACAACUGGAUUGUGGAGUAUUUUUCUUCUCAAUAAAGAUGCAAGAAGGCACAAAAUUGGAGAAGAGGAGUAGUCUUGAAUGAAGACUUCUGACUCAAGGUCAGCACAAAGAUCAAACUGUCUCUCCUCUGUUCUGGUAAACACAUUCUGGUACACAGUAUCUGCCCAAUUUCCAAUUAAAAAGUUAACAUCGGAGUUGUGUGGCAUAGAAUGUUGUUCGCUAUUCGUCUGUCAUUUGCAACGAUGACCAAGAGCAUCAUUUGUGGCAGGUGAGACAAUGUGAACGAUUUAAUGAUAAGUGAUGUGGAGGUGUGGUGGGUUCUUUGAUGGCUGAUGAGACCAAUAUGAGCAUGGAACUUCCUUUGGUAGAUCGAGCACACAAAGAUGGAGUGAGCUGGCUGUGAAGAGUUGGAUGAUCUACUCUUCCUGGCUUGUCUCUUCAGCUGCGCAUCUCAGAUUCUUCUCUUUUCAUAAGCCAGACAGCCUUGGUGGAUUGCAGAGCACCAUGACGAGUGUUAUUGAGCAAUCUGCUCCCAGUUGUCAGGAUUUAUUCCCAUGUCUUUGAGUGACACUUUCAAGCUGUCUUUGAAGCACUUCUUUGUUUCUCCACGCAUUCUGUUGCCUCUGAACAGCUCACCAUAGAAAAGUUUCUUGGGCAGACGACACUCAUCCAUGCGUGUUAGGUGGCCAGCCCACCGAAGUUGUGCUUUCUUGAGCAUGGUGUGCAUGCUGAUGGAAUUUGUUCGACCCAAGACUUCUGUGUCAGGUAUUUUGUCCUGCCAGGUGAUCCUGAGGAGCUUUCGGAGACAGUUGGGGUGGAAGCGAUUCAGUUUGCAUGCAUGACGUUCAAAGGUGGUCCAUGUUUCACAUGCAUACAGGAGUGAUGUCAGUACUACUGCAUUGUAAACUCUUAGCUUGGUGUCUAGCUUGAUGCUGCAUCUGAGUUUCUCAGGUGCCCAAAGGCAGCGCUGGCUUUCGAGAUUCUCAGACUGACUUCAUCAUCGAUGUUCACUAAGUGGUUGAUGGUACUGCCAAGGUAUGUGAAUCUCUGUGUUUUUCAGGGAUUCUCCCUUAACCAUGAUGUUGGGCUCUUCAUACUGAUCUGCUGGAGAGGGCUGGUAAAGGACUUCUGUCUUCUUCGUGCUUAGGUUAAUCCAAAGUUGUCACAAGCAGAGGCAAAGGAGUCCAUGCUUUCUUGCAUCAGCACUUCUGAUGAUGCACUUAGAGCACAAUCAUCUGCGAAGAGAAGUUCACGGACUGGGUCUAUUCUCACUUUCGUCUUUGCCUGGAGUUGUCUUAGAUUGAAUACUCCACCAUCACUUCUGGAUCUUAUCUCGAUGUUAUCUUCUGAGUCAGAGUAGGCGUCGGUUAGCAUGGCGGUGAAAAUCAUGCUAAACAGCAUGGGUGCCAGCACACAGCCUUGUUUGAUGCCAUUGGUAACGGGGAAUGCUUCAGAGGAUUCUCCAUCAUCCAGGAUGUGAGCUUGCAUGCCAUCGUGAAAUUGCCUCACCAUCUUCACAAACUUGUCGGGACAGCCAAACUUUGCCAUAAUGGCCCAGAGUCCAUUGCGGCAGACAGUAUU